GAGGAGGCAGCAGCUGCAGCAGCAGCUGCUGCCACCGCUGCUGCGGAUGCCGCUGCUGCAGGCGGAGGAGGGGGCGGUGAGGAGGCGCCCCAGGCGCAGCCCCAGGUGCAGGGCUCCGGCAGCCGCAAGUGGUUGCGCACCCCCCCCUGGCUGUCCGGGGGGCAGCUGCACCCCUACCAGCUGGAGGGACUCAACUGGCUGUUCCACAAGUACGGCAGCGGCGAGAACGUGAUACUGGCGGACGAGAUGGGGCUGGGGAAGACGGUGCAGACCAUUGCCUUCCUCGCCGCGCUUCACUCCCAGUGCUGCGAGCUGCCGCACCUGGUGGUGGUGCCGCUCAGCACCAUGCGCAACUGGGAGCGCGAGUUCGCUGCGUGGGCGCCGCAGCUCAACGUGGUGGCGCUGGCGGGGAAUGCGGAGGCGCGGGGGAUCAUCCUAGAGUACGAGCUCUUCGUGCCCCAGCAGCAGCAGCAGCCCCCCUCCACCAAACCAGGCAGCAAGAGGACCUCCGCUGCCGCCGCCGCCUCCGCAGAGGAGGAGGGCACCGCUGCAGCCACCACCGCCACCACCCCCGGCCGCAAGCAGCCCUCUGCCUCCUCCUCCGCUGCCCCCCAGCGCUGCAGCCCGCAGGAGCGAGCCAAGUUCCACGUGCUGCUGACCAGCUACGAGAUGCUGGCGCUGGAGGCGGGGCCGCUGGGGCGGGGGCUCAAGUACGGGGUGCUGGUGGUGGAUGAGGGUCACCGCCUGAAGAACAAGGACUCCAAGCUCUUCCACCUGCUCACGCAGUUCGACGUGCGCCACAAGCUGCUGCUGACCGGCACGCCCCUGCAGAACCACCUGGGCGAGCUCUUCAUGCUGCUGCACUUCCUGCAGCCCGACAAGUUCCCCUCGCGAGCCGCAUUCGAGCAGCGCUUCAGCAACCUCUCGCACAACGAGGAGGUGGCGGCGCUGCACGCGCUGCUGCAGCCCCACAUGUUGCGGCGACUCAAGCGCGACGUGAUGCAGCAGCUGCCGCCCAAGAUGGAGCAGCUGGUGCGAGUGGAGCUCAGCCCGCAGCAGCGGGAAAUAUACAAAUCGCUGCUGCUGCGCCACUCCUCGGUGCUGGCGGGCCACCGCGCCGCAGUGGCCGCCGCGGGGGGCGCCACCACCGCGCUCAAGAACCUGAUGAUGGAGCUGCGCAAGACCUGCAACCACCCCUGGCUGGUGGACCCGGGGCUGGCGGACGCGGCAGGCCCCCCCGGCUCCUCCCUGCCCUCCCUGAUCUCCCACAGCGGCAAGCUGGCGCUGGUGGACAAGAUGGCGGGGCGGCUGAGGCAGGCGGGGCACCGGCUCAUCAUCUUCUCACAGUUCACCCGCACGCUGGACCUGCUUGAGGAGUGGCUGCUGGGCCGGGGGCUGGGCUACCUGCGCAUAGACGGCACGGUGGCGGGCGCCGAGCGGCAGAAGCGCAUCGACCGCUUCAACGCGCAGCCCGACGCCUACUUCGCCUUCCUGCUGUCCACCCGGGCCGGCGGGCUGGGCAUCAACCUGGCCACCGCGGACACCGUCAUCAUAUUCGACAGCGACUGGAACCCGCACAACGACCUGCAGGCCCAGGCUCGCGCCCACCGUCUGGGUCAGGACAAGCCCGUCAUGAUUUACAGGCUUGUCACCCGUCAGACCAUCGAGGAGC